CUGUGAGCGGGUUCUUCCCGAUGGCGGCGGUGAAUUAUUCCCCUCCCUGGUGGGUGAAGCUCCUCCACCGUCUCCCGCAUGUCACUGUCCAGCUGGAGACGGUCAGCAGCGACUUCGAGCCCGAGGACAACCAGUACCAGGAGUCACUCUUGCUGAUCGGUGGCAUUGCUCUGGUUUGCCUUGCACUCAACCUCCUCUUCCUCCUCUUCUAUUCCUUCUGGCUUUGCUGCCGACGGAAGAGUGAAGAUCAGCCAAACGCAGACUGUUGUUGUACAGCAUGGUGUGUCAUCAUAGCAACACUUGUUUGCAGUGCCGGGAUUGCUGUUGGUUUCUAUGGGAAUGGUGAGACCAGUGAUGGAAUCUUCAGGCUAACUUAUUCAAUGCGACAUGCAAAUCGCACUAUAGCAGGGGUUGAGUACCUGGUGUCGGAGAGCACUCAGGAUCUAAAUCGGACAGUCGAUGUAAGCCUCCGGGCAUUGGAGGACUUGUUCACAAGGCAACCACGUUAUCUAGAGAAAGUGCAAAAGUCAAAAGGUCGGCUUGAUGAGCUAGUCAGACAGCUGACCGAAAUUCCAUUUUGGGAAAACAGUGAUCUAUCUUUGGAAGAUCUAGCGGUCCACACAGAGCUGUAUGACUAUUACAGGUGGCUAGGAUACCUUGGCCUACUGCUCUUCGAUGUUCUUAUCUGUCUUCUGGUGCUGUUUGGACUGAUCCGAAAUUCAAAGGGAAUCCUUAUUUGUGCUGCUCUCCUGGGAGUGAUGACUUUGAUUAUCAGUUGGACAUCAUUGGGUCUGGAACUGGCAGUUUCAGUGGGUUCCAGUGAUUUCUGUGUCUCUCCUGAUGUAUACGUCUCCAAAAUGGCAGAGGAGAAUGAGGUUAUCUUUAGAGAGACUCUGAAUUACUACCUGGUUUGUAACAUUGGGUAUCCUAAUCCUUUUCAACAGAAACUUUCAAGUAGCCAUAAAGCUCUGGUGGAGAUGCAAGAUCAUGUAACGGAGCUUCUGAAAUCAGCUGUACGAGAAUUCCCAUCCUCUCGAGAGUAUUUGGACCGGAUUCAAAUAGUAUUAAACACAACCGAGACCAGCUUGCAACAGUUGACAGCUUUGGUGGAUUGUCGCAGUCUGCACAUGGAUUAUGUGCAGGCUCUGACAGGAUUGUGCUAUGAUGGCGUGGAGGGUCUAAUAUAUUUGGUUCUGUUCUCCUUCGUAACUGCACUGAUGUUCAGUUCGAUUGUGUGCAGUGUUCCUCAUACCUGGCAACACAGCAAAAGGGGUCACGGUGAUGUCGAUGGAGAUGAAGAAAUUGGGAAUGCACAGGGAAGCCGCCAACAGCAUGAUAAUCUGUACAGAGUGCACAUGCCCAGUCUGUACAGCUGUGGGAGCAGUUUUGGCAGUGAAACCAGUAUCCCUGCUGCAGCUCACACAGUCAGCAAUGCCCCUGUCACGGAGUACAUGAGCCAGAAUACAACUUAUCAGAACCCUCGUUGUGAGAAUACACCUCUGAUUGGCAGAGAAUCUCCUCCCCCUUCUUACUCGAACAGCAUGAGAGCCAAAUACCUCGCCACAAACAGGCCUGAAACCCAACAGUGACCAAGUAGCCUGCAGAGGAUGGGGGUGGGAGGAGGGAGGGAACUGGAACCACUUUUGCAUGUCUAAUGCCACUAACAAUACAGUUACUAACGUAAGGAGAACUGUAUUACUCUUAUCGGUUGUUGUACAGCUGUUCAGUAAUAGGCAGACUACCACUGGAAUGAACAAAUUCUGCUGAAGUAAAUUGUGAUACGGAUUUUCCUACCCAUUGCCACAGUUCCGACAUUCAGUUUGUUUCGGUUCAAAAUUUUGUUCAUUCCUAGAUUAUAAUAGGGAUGUCAGGAUAUAUCUGUACCAGUAUAUCAUAGUGAGAAAGAAACCACAUGACAAUUGUAUUGGCUGUUUUUCACCUAUUGUAAUAAUUGUAAAAUGCAAUAAUCAUUGUAGUUUAAUAAAAAUAUGAUUCAG